UGGGAGGAGAUCUUCGCCUGGCAGGCCUGGGUCAGGGUGUCCUGCAGGGUCCUCUUCAACUUCAUACGCCUGUUCUGAAACCAGUUCCUAAUCUGGGUGGAAGGAGAAGAGAUUAUAAUUACCGCAACUGGGAACACCAAAGGAUGUCUCUACACAACACGUAUUUUCCUGGAGUCCCGACCGAGGCUUCUCAAGCCACAGCGUCCGCCGUGAGCAGUGUUUUCCGGGGCGCGCCUGCAGUCGUGCUGAAGCUCUGGCCCCGCGGCUGUAGUCCCGCCGUGACCCCCAUGAAGAAGGCCAGGGCCCUGAUUGGUGAUGCGGGUGCCUUCUUCUCCAAUGCGUUCACAGUGACGCCCCUGUGCUGCCCCAGCCGGAGCAGCAUCCUGACGGGCAGGUACCCCCACAACCACCAGGUCCACAACAACUCCCUGACGGGCAACUGCAGCAGCCCGGCCUGGCAGAAGGGUCCGGAGACACUGGCCUUCCCCGUCUACCUCAACAAGCAGUUCUACCAGACCUUCUACGGGGGAAAAUACCUCAACCAGUAUGGACAGAAGGAAGCAGGAGAGGUCAGCUACGUCCCCCCAGGCUGGGACCAGUGGCAUGCUCUGGUGGGGAACUCCCAGUACUACAACUACUGCCUGUCGGUGAAUGGCAAGGAGGAGAAACAUGGGGACAGCUACGAGAAGGACUACCUGACCAACCUCAUUACGAACAGGUCCCUGGAGUUUCUGGAUAAGCGGAGUCCCCAACACCCGUUCUUCAUGAUGCUGGCCCCGCCUGCACCCCACUCUCCCUGGGCGGCAGCGCCUCAGUACCAGGGCGCCUUCAACGGCACCAAGGCGCCGCGCGACGGCAGCUUUAACAAGCCCGGAAAGGAUAAACACUGGCUUCUUCGGCAGGCCGUUAGCCCCAUGUCUGACACUUCGAUCGCGUUCCUGGACAAUGCGUUUCGCAAGAGGUGGCAGACCCUGCUGUCCGUCGACGACAUGGUGGAGAAGGUGGUGAAGAAGCUGGAGGACCUGCAGCUUCUGAACAGCACCUACAUUUUCUACACCUCCGACCACGGCUACCACUCUGGCCAGUUCUCUCUGCCAAUUGACAAGCGGCAGCUGUACGAGUUUGAUAUUCGGGUCCCGCUGAUGGUGCGGGGACCUGGGAUUAAACCCAAACAGACCCUGAAGGCUCCUGUGCUGAACAUCGACCUGGCCCCCACCUUCCUGGACAUCGCUGGAGUCAAUCUGUCCCUGGUUAACGUGGACGGAGAGUCCUUCCUACCACACAUGACUCUGGGCAACGGCACGGCUCGCCCCUACUUCCUGGUGGCACACACUGGGGAGGGCCACGCUGAGGCGGACCCAGCCUGCCCCAAACUGGGCCCAGGCCUGGCCCACUGCUUCCCAGACUGCGUUUGUGAAGACGCCUGCAACAACACGUACGCCUGCGUUCGCACUCUCACAGAAAACAACUUACAGUACUGCGAGUUCGCAGACAGCGAGUCUUUUGUUGAGCUCUACAACCUGACCUCUGACCCCCAUCAGCUGGAGAACAUAGUGAAGAAGGUCGACCCUGCCCUCCUGCAAGCCAUGAACCUCAAACUGAUCAAACUUCAGUCCUGUGCGGGAAUCACCUGCCGCGACACCAAAUAACAACAACAACAACAAUUGGACUGGGAAGUUGUCAGGACAGUAUUUUCUGGAAUGGCGUC